CCGGAUUAGGUUUGGCUUAUCUCAACUCUCAACUCUCAAUGCAAACUGAAGUAGUUCAGGACCAGCAAUCUUAUUUCUUGGGCUAGCUAGGAUUGACUCGUCCCUACUGGCUUUGAGUUAACCCGAUCCGACCCGACCAAACCCAUUUGCUAUUCCUGGAUUCGCAAUAUAAGAUAUGUGGGCAUAUAUGGUGAGGAGAAGGUGGUACCAUAGAGUGAUAGAGAGACAGAGAACAAAUGGCUGCUAUCAUUUCUUUCCUCAUACCUUUGUAGAAAACCUUGGGAUCGAAGGCAGGUAUUUUAAUAAUGGCGUCAAGAGAGUAUAAUCAUCUCCCUGUAAUUGCAGAGUGUGCAAAAAGCCUCGUUUGAGGAAAAAAAAACAAGAACAAGAAAAAAAAUCAGUGAGAGAGAGAGGUGAUUUUCUGUGUUUCAUUGCAGCGUUGCAGUAAGUUUGGCCGAAAGGAAAAAGAAGGAAAGCAGGAGGGAGCUAGGGGAGGAUGGGAGGAAGGUUUGCUGAAAUGGUUGAUUCACUUUUGUUGUUUUCCUUUCUUUUUAUGACUACUUUAAACUGAGACAUGAAAGAGUAAAGAGGAAACGGCGUAAAAAAAAAGUAGCUAAAAGAAAGGUUUGUGGGUGUCAACUGAACUGUUUUCAGAAGAUAAAGAGAUUCCUGGAGCUAGUUAAAUUUUAAUUACGCAUCUUGGGAUUUUCAAGCCCUUAAAAAAUUCAUCAUGGAAUCUGCAAAUCUCCAUCACCAACAUCAUCAGCUCCAAGAACAACUAGUUGCUGGUUCUCCUUCUUUAGCAACACCAUCUUUCUAUGGAGUUGGUAGCAACAGCCAUGCUUGGAACUCAAACCUUUUGAAUGACGGUAGCUUCAAUCAAAAUAUAGGUGGAGUUCUAGCAAACUCAAGGGAUCUAAGACAAAACAGUGACACACUAAUUUCUUCUUCUGUCAACAAUUCCAUGUUUCAAGACUUGGGUUUUCACUGGGACAGUAAUGCAUCAGGGAGCUUCACUAAUCACUCCUCCCAUCAACCACAUCUAGCAAAAAUAAAGGAGUUAUCAGAUUCGUUUCCAAAGUUAAGCCAAACUGUUUCAAAUGUAGAAGAGUUUCAUCUGCCUUCCACCAGCUACGUCAAAAAUGAGCAACAAAGUUGUCACAAUCCAACUGAUAAGAUGUUGCUCAAAACCUUGGCUUCAGGUUGUCAAAACAACACACUCCAGCAUUCUGCAGGAGAAUCGUACGCUGAUGCCCAAAGUUGUGCCAGCACCAGCAGCUUUGGAGGUUUGCCUCCUCCAUCUAGUGGCGGACGGAACUUCAGCCAGAUAUUUCCAAGUAUAAAUAUCUCCAACAUGUAUUCAUCUUCUUUGCCAUUUUCUAGCUCGUUGGGAGUGAACUUGCAAGCUUUGGAUUUUCUGAGCUCUACAAAAUUUGGUGGAAGUCUUACCCAGCAGCCUUCACCUAGUCAUCUCGGCAUGCUUAGAGAUAGUCUAUCUUUUGGUGUCGACCAGCUACAGCAAUCCAGUCUAAUUAGAUCAUUCAACAGUCCGAAUAAAGUAUCAUCCUUCACAAAUCGAGUUACAGAAACAAAGAAACCAAGCAAUUCUUCAGAGCCCAAAGUAUCUCAGGCAGCAACCAAGAAGCCUCGGUUUGAGUCGCGCUCAUCGUUCCCCCCCUUUAAGGUUAGAAAGGAGAAACUAGGAGACAGAAUUGCAGCUCUUCAGCAGUUGGUGUCACCUUUCGGCAAGACGGACACAGCGUCCGUACUAAUGGAGGCAAUUGGAUACAUUAAAUUUCUCCAAGACCAGGUUGAGACGCUAAGCGUGCCAUAUAUGAAGUCAUCCCGUAACAAGAUCUGUAGAACCAUGGAAGGGGGUUCAGGUGAUGGAGAUAGAAACGAUGAGCAGAAGCAAGAUCUCAGAAGCAGAGGGCUUUGCCUUGUUCCUCUUUCCUGCACUUCCUAUUUUACCAAUGACGCAGGAGGUGUUUGGCCGCCUCCUAACUUCGGUGGUGGCACUUGAAUGCGUUUUUGUUGUUUGGAGCUCACUCACUACUUACGAUCAUAUUAUUAGGGAAGAUAAAUCACUUUCAUUGUUAUAUGGUCUUAGGCGUAUCCAGUUAGGAACUUGAUCUCUCUCGCUCGUGAAGAAACAACGUACCAUGUUGUAAUGGAGCAAAUUUGGUCAUCUUGUAAGUUUCACAGGGUAGACCAAAUUUGAUCCAUUAAUAUGAUUUAUGUGUAAUUCAGAUUCAUUGGUGACCUUAUUAAUAGUCAUGUUCAUUUCAUUCGAGUUUAAAGAACUGAAUACAUUUUCUGGUGAGAGUUAUUAAUAUAAGUAAGAGUUGGAUCUUUAGAUCAGACUCUUUUUUGAAUAA